AUGAAGCUAUUGAUCACUAUAUCAUUGCUCGCUGCUGUAUGCACUGCUGUACCUGAUGGAUAUAGAGCUCCCGGAUCCUCUACUGCAGGAUUUUCUGGUUUAGGAGGAUUCUCUGGUGGAGGAUUCUCUGGUGGGGGUGGAUUCUCUGGUGGAGGAGGAUUAUCUGGUGGAAGUGUAAUUUCUGCUGGAGGAAGUGGAUUCUCUAGUGGAGGAGUAAUCUCUGGUGGAGGAAGAGGAUUUUCUAGUGGAGGAGGUUUCUCAGGUGGUGGAGGAUUCUCUGGUGGAGGAGGAGGAUUUUCCAGUGGAGGAUUCUCUAGUGGAGGAGGAUUUUCCAGUGGAGGAUUUUCUAGCGGUGGAGGUGGAUUCGCAAGUGGAGGAGGAAUUUCUAGCGGCGGUGGAUCUGGCAGAGGAUGCGGUCCUGGGACGGUCUUACAUGUGGACGGGUCCUGUGUCUCCCCAGUAGUAUCACGAAAAGUGUACGUCUACGACGCCCCUGCACAACCGUCCGUUCCAAGUGGUCCACCACCAAGAAUUCCACCGCCGAGGGUUGAUCACAAUAUCCUGUUUGUUCGUCUUCCGGAGGGAGGUGCAGGAAUUGAGCCUAUUGUUAUCCCACCACCAAGACAAGAGAAUAUCGUGUACGUCCUUAAUAAGGCCAGUGGAGCAGGAGGACAACAAGUCAUCGAAGUACCAGCUCCUCCGGCUUCUAGUCCAGAAGUGUUCUUCGUCAACUAUGCAGAAGGAGAAAAUCCUCAACUCCCUAUCGGCGUGGACCUCCAGACAGCUCUACAAGCGGCUUCCAGUGGAGGAGGACAAGUCGUCGGUGGCACCGGAGGUCUUGGUGGUUCAGGAGGGGGAGGAUUUGGAGGCGCAGGACUGGGUGGCGAGGGAGGAUUGGGAGGUGGUUUUGGCGGAAGUGGAGGAUUGGGAGGUGGCUUUGGCGGUAGUGGAGCAGCCGGAGGUGGAUUUGUUGGAGGUUCGGGAGGCGGAGGAUUUGGCGGUGGGGUAGGACAAGCAGGAGGAGGAUUCGUAGGUGGCUUUGGAGACAGCGGAGAAAAUGGAAUAAGUGUUGGCUCCGGUGGUGGCCACGUUAGUGCACCGUCAAACACAUAUGGUGCUCCCUAAAGCAACUGCCAGUGGA